CGUUUUAUGGCUAAAAUGUCCCUUAUCUACAUACCGUGAAGGCAUGGCCUUAGUAAUUUCCAUUAAAGAAAUUCAGAAUUUUCAUUCUGAGGCCAUUUAUUGCUCCACAGCACCACACCACAGGUCUUUAGUUCUGUUUCCUUGGAGGCCUAAGCUGAACCAUCUCUCAUCACUAGCCAGCAGGCUGAAGUUGUUUUAAUGAGGUGACUGGAAGGAUGUUGGAGUAUAAGGUUAGCGUUGUAACUGGAGAGAUGACUCGGGGAGGAACAAUGGACAACGUCUUCAUCACCCUGAUUGGCAGUGAAGGAGAGAGUGAACGUACACUCCUCAACCAAGGCCGCGACUUUGCAUCCAACCAACCGGAUAAAGAGUAUACAGUGAAGACUGAGGCCUCUUUAGGAAAGAUUCUUCUGAUUGGUCUGGAGAAGGAGCAGUUCCUCCCCUUCUUUGAUGAUGAUUGGUUCUGUUGUAAAGUUGUAGUCAAAACCCCAGACAGUGAGGAACUACAUUUCCCAUGUUACUGCUGGAUCAAGGAGAGACAGCUGGUGUAUGUGAGGGAGGGCACAGCUGUGACUAUACUGAAGGAGACAAAUUCUAUGUUAAAGAAGUGUAGAGAACUGGAACUGAUGGAACGCCAAGCCUCCUACCAAUGGAGAGAAACAGCUAAAGGUCUACCACACACCUUUGAAUGCAGAUGAAGUGAAGGAUCUACCCUGCUGAUUUGCAAUUCACCUUUAACAGAACCUUGCAUUUCUUUUUCAUGUCCAACAUGUCGUGAGUUGUGCAAACACACACUAAAGUUAAGACUAGUGUUUGAGAUGUGAGGCAUGGGGCCUGUGUCAUGAAGCACGUUUACAUUCCUGAGAAAGGCUGUGUUUGAAAUACCAUACUGUGUACUGUAUACUGCAUAUUGAACCAGUAUAUACUGCAUUCUGCACCAGUAUAUGC